AUGGCGGACGUGCCGCCCGAGGUCCUCGAGCUCAACGUAGGCGGCGUGCACUAUGCCACUACACGUGAUACUCUGUUGCGCGAACCUGACUCGCUGCCGGCUUCCGCGCUGAGCGAUCCGGAUCAUCCGCGCGACGCUCGCGGACGCAUCUUCUUCGAUCGGGACGGCGUUCUCUUCCGAUACGUGCUCGACUACCUCCGCGACGGCGGGCUCGUCCUACCUGAAUGUUUUCGUGAACACAAACGGCUCACGCGGGAAGCUAAGCACUAUAGAUUGCCCGGACUCGAAAACGCUGUGAAGGAAGCGGAUCCUCGACCUCCCAACCGGGAACGUGGCUGCAUCACGGUGGGAUACCGGGGCAGUUUUGCUUUCGGCCGGGAUGGUCUGGCCGAUGUCAAGUUUAGAAAACUAUCCCGUAUUUUAGUAUGCGGUAAGGUGACGUUAUGUCGGGAUGUAUUUGGAGAAACAUUGAAUGAAUCGAGAGAUCCCGAUCACGGUUUAGCAGACAGGUAUACAUCUCGAUUCUUCUUGAAACAUUCAUUUAUAGAGCAAGCUUUCGAUAUGCUUCAAGAGCAAGGAUUCAAGUUGACGGCGAGCUGCGGUAGCGGUACGGCUGGAGGUGCUGCAGAGUUAAAACCUGGGGUAGAUUCGGAGGAAAAUCGCUGGAAUCAUUACAACGAAUUUGUUUUUGUACGCGAAUAG